CCAUGAACACAAAAAUUGCAGAAAAGUGUUAAUUUAAUCCCAUUUUUAUUUAAUUUGUUACUCAUCUCGUCCGUGUUUCGCUUGGUGCGAUAUGUUUUGGUGUUGAGACAUCGAGAAAAGCAAAGUUCUGGUCAAAGAGAGUGGUCAUCUGUUGAAUCGAUCGUAGCACUAUGUUGGCCGUGGGGAAGUUGUUUCUUUUACUGUGCUGGUCCCUUAGCCUGGUAUCCGGAUCUCGGGUGCUGGAACUUAGCGAUCGGUUUUUGGAUGUCCGGAGCGAAGGCCAGUGGUUCGUGAUGUUCUAUGCUCCGUGGUGUGGCCACUGCAAAAAACUCGAACCGCUGUGGGCCCUGGUGGCGCAGGCUCUGUACAACACAAACAUUCGUGUUGGGCGCGUGGAUUGCACACGGUUUACGGCCGUGGCGCAGGAGUUCAAAGUGAACGCUUACCCCACGAUAAUUUUUGUAAAAGGGCCGUACGAGUACGUUUACAAUGGAGAACGCUCGAAGGAGGAAUUGCUUCACUUUGUGAACCGAAUGUCGGGCCCACCGGUCCAGCUGGUAACGCGAGCGGACAGCAUCGAUAUACUGAAGUCGAACAAUCCCAUCUUUUUCACCUACGUCGGCAAGCAGUCCGGACUGCUGUGGGAUGUGUUCUACGGUGCGGCCGAAGCGUACCAGGCGCACGGCUACUUCUACGCCACAUCGGUCGAGAUCGCGAAACGCCACUUCGACGUAGACACCGUUCCGGCGGCACUGGUGUACAAGGAGCGCAGCCAUUACUAUUUCCCGUACUCGGACAACUUCGAGCGCAUCGAACCGACGCACCUGAACGAUACGCUGUUCCGGUGGGUGAACGAGGAACGGUUCGCUACCUUUCCGAAGAUAUCGCGCAGCAACAUCCACCAUCUGGUGCAGACGAAGAAGUACCUCGUGCUGGCGGUGGUCGAGGAAAACAAGCUGAACGAAAUUGCGGCCCACGAGCAGGAGUUCCGGGACAUGGUGGAAAUAUUUGUGCACAAGAACAAACACAAAUAUCACGGCCGGUUUCAGUUCGGUUGGGUCGGCACACCGGAGCUGGCCCGGUCCAUCGCAAUGGACAGUUUGCCGACCCCGCACCUGAUCGUGCUGAAUGCCACAACGAACGAACAUCACAUUCCGGAGGACGACCCACUGCAGCUGACACCGGAGGCCAUCGAAAUUUUCCUCGACAGCAUCCACAACCAAACGGCGCCCACGUUCGGGGGCAAUUCGCUUCCGGUGCGCAUCUAUCGCGCUUGGUUCGAGGCCAAAACGUCCCUGUACGAGAUGUGGCUUGGCAACCCGGUGCUGACGACGGUGCUGUUUGGUCUUCCGCUCGGCUUCCUGUCGCUCAUCAUGUACUCGAUCUGCUGCGCCGACAUUCUGGACGCCGACGAGGACGACGAAGCAGAUCCGCGGCACGAGAAAAGGGAGUAGGAAGUGCCAGCGUAACAUUCCGCCUAACGGCAAAGCACGCGCGGGAACCGGCACCGGAGUAAAACCCAUUUUUCUAGUCAAGCAUUUCUGGACCUGGUGGCCGGCAUCCCUCGCUACGGUUGCGACAGGACUACGGCGGCUAGCGUCCGAAUCACUUAAUGGUGUAAUAGUGUCGUUUUAGAUCAAUUUUUAAAUUCCAACCCCACGCACCUAGCGUGGCGCGUUCCUUUACGGUGUUACGUGUGUGUGCAUGUGUGUAUGUCUGGUUAGAAGAUUCUCUUUUUUAGCAAACGAAUGAAUCCGAAGAGAA